AUGUUAACUCCAAGCAAGAAAAUUUGCUGCAGUCCGUUUCAGACACCAUCGCCAGUCCGUCAACAGGUACCACUGAAGAAUGUACCUUCUACUCCAGUCAAUAAGGAAAACCGCAGUACGGCGCACCAACACCUGUACAGCCUGGUUCCCGACGUGAACGCUGUUAAGGAAUUUGUGUGGACUAAAAAGGAGCAGCGAGAUAGGAAACGAAGACAUGGACGAGACGGUCGGGAAAAGAAAAUGAAUUUAUUGGAAGAACACAGGAUUGAGCUUGAAAAGUUAAAGAAAAGGCGUUUAGAACGUGAGCGACUUCAUGAAGUGCGCAUGAGAGAAAACGAAACUACACGAAGCGUUACACUCGCUGGAGAAUUUGAAAACUGGGAGAAAGAAGAAAAUGCAUUUAUGUUACGUCAAGCACGAGAACGAACUAAGAUACGUCUGAGUCAAGGAAGGCCACAGCCAAUAGAUUUGCUGGUCCAGUACAAAGAGAAGGGGCACGCCGACCAUCCAAGUAAUUAUCCCUUAAACGUCAUCGCGCGACUCGGUAUCCGUGACCUUGGCGUCAUAGCUGAGGACAUUAAAGUGUAUAAACAAAUGGAGGGUGCGCACUGUGCCUACUGGGACGAUAUCAUGAACGUUGUCGAUCAGUAUCUGGAGGAGAACAACAUGGAUGGCGAUGGGCAGAGAAGAAGGGGCAUAAACCAAGCUGUGUCACCAGAUGUGGACGUCGUAUUGAGAGGGAAAACAAGCUGCCAGCUUGCCAUUCUCAGAAAACAAAUUGAACAGAAGCUAGCUCUGAAGAGAGACGUGGAUGUCAGCUACUGGGAAUGUUUGCUCCACAAACUACGAUUUUAUUUUUCGCAUGCCAGACUUCAAGAACUCCAAAAACAGUCGGCGAAAGAAACGUUUGAGCAAAUGUCUUCCGAACUGACAUGUGUUAAUGGCCACAACAAAAAAGCUGUUACGCAAUCACGUGAUGAAGACAGGCAGGGGGUGUCCGAUGUGUCAAGUGAUGAAACAUGCGCGGCUGCUGUCGGUCAAGAGAAAGAAGAUUUAAAAUCAAUAACUCGUCAUUACAUACGACGGAGUAUUGACCUUUUCGAAGAGCAAUACUCACCAAAAUAUUUAAAAGAAUUUGAAAUUGAUAAGGACAUUACAGUUACCGAACCAGUAGACGAUCUGGAAAAACUACGAAAAGACCGUCAGCACGUGCGGGAAAUGUACAACCAACCCCUGCACGUGGAGCAUGUGGAGCACGUGGAGCACGAGGAUGACAUCGGUUUUGAGAACGAAUAUGCACUUCUUAAAGAAGCGUAUCCUUGGGGAUCUAAAUACAAGCCAAGGAAGCCAAGAUAUUUUAACCGCGUUCACACAGGGUUUGUUUGGAACAGGUAUAACCGUACCCAUUACGACCUGGACAAUCCUCCGCCGAAAACUGUCAUGGGAUACAAGUUUACCAUCUUCUACCCGGAUCUGAUUGAUCGGUCGGCGACGCCUAAAUAUAGUAUUAUCCCAUGUGCAGAGAGCAAAGACUUGGUUGUAAUCCGAUUCAGCGCAGGGCCGCCAUACGAAGACGUCGCCUUUAAGAUUGUUAAGAAGGAAUGGGACAAAUCAUGGAAAAGCGGCUACAAGUGCGCCUUUAACGGGAAAACACUUGACCUGUGGUUUCGUUUUAAACGGACGUGUUACCGACGAUGA